UUUACACAAAUACAACCUCUCCUUUCCAAACUAUAAACCCGGGUCGGAUGUGUAUGGGGUAGACCUGAACGACUUUCUUCUGGAGCAGCUUCUGGUUGCGCGCAGAGAGGAUGCUUUUUGUUUCUUUAGCUCACACGUGGAACAAGGAUUCUGUGAGAGCGUUUUGUUGUUUUUGAAAUAUUGUUGAUUUUUUUUUCUUUGCUCACAUUAGAAACAAAAAUAGUUAUCCUUGUGUGACUCUAAAGGAAUGCCAUUGGAAUAUGCGCUUUUCGCUCGAUAAUCGGACUUGAUGUGCGUUUAGAUCGCGACCUGUAGCGCCACCUGUGACACCGGCGAUUUGGGUUGCCAGCUGUGGUCAUACCUGGAAGACACGUUACAGUUCCAGCUGCAGCUGCAAUCAAUAUUUUGCUCUGGAGGAACAGGAGCAGGACACUGAAUUUAGCACAAUAUUUCCAACAGCCUGCUCUUUUUGUGUGCAUUUUUUUUUCUUGAUUCGUUCAGUGUAAAACCCCUCAUUGUCACAGGUUGCUGACAGUGCACUAAUAAUCAAUUUUCCUCAUCAGAUAAGUGCAGCACGUUUCAGCGUACGUAGUUUUACGCACGCAAUAGACGCUUGAGCUCGAGGCGAGACCAGCGCACGGUCAGCUUAAGGUACUGUGUGGUGGAAAAGAAGAUACAAAUAUAACCAAAAAGCCGGGUAGCCGAGUCCAGCCAUCAACAUGACGGACGGUGCAAGACAACGGAGCAGCACGUCUGGGUCUGCCAAGGAUGCUGCCGGUGGGAAGGAGUCGGGAGGUGGAGUAGCGCUCAAGAAGGAAAUCGGGCUUGUGAGCGCCUGUGGUAUCAUUGUUGGUAACAUUAUCGGCUCAGGUAUCUUCGUCAGUCCGAAGGGAGUGAUGGAGAACGCCAGCUCCGUGGGUGUAGCCCUGAUCGUCUGGAUCAUCACGGGCGUCAUCACAGCCAUUGGGGCGCUGUGCUACGCCGAGUUGGGCGUCACCAUCCCCAAGUCUGGGGGAGACUACUCCUACGUCAAGGACAUCUUCGGAGGACUGGCUGGGUUCCUGCGUCUGUGGAUCGCUGUGCUGGUGAUCUAUCCUACCAACCAGGCUGUGAUCGCGCUGACGUUUUCAAACUACGUCCUGCAGCCUCUCUUCCCGACCUGCUUCCCACCGGAGAACGGCCUGCGUCUGCUGGCUGCUGUCUGCCUCUUGCUUCUGACAUGGGUGAACUGCUCCAGUGUGAGGUGGGCCACCAGAGUGCAGGACAUGUUCACUGCUGGAAAGCUGCUGGCCCUUGCCCUCAUCAUCAUCAUGGGCAUCGUGCAGAUCUGCAAGGGAGACUACUACUGGCUUGAGCCAGCCAAUGCCUUCGAGCCCUUCCAGGACUAUGAUGUGGGUUUGAUAGCCUUAGCCUUCCUACAAGGCUCCUUCGCCUACGGAGGGUGGAACUUCCUCAACUACGUCACAGAGGAGCUGGUGGACCCCUAUGUGAAUCUUCCUCGUGCCAUCUUCAUCUCCAUCCCCCUCGUGACCUUCGUUUACGUCUUUGCCAACAUCGCCUACGUCACGGCCAUGAGUCCCCAGGAGCUGCUCGCCUCAAACGCUGUUGCCGUGACGUUUGGUGAGAAGCUGCUGGGAGUCAUGUCGUGGAUCAUGCCCAUCUCUGUGGCUCUCUCCACAUUCGGGGGAGUCAACGGUUCCCUCUUCACCUCUUCCAGAUUGUUCUUUGCUGGAGCCAGAGAGGGCCACCUCCCCAGUCUGCUGGCCAUGAUUCAUGUGAAACGCUGCACUCCCAUCCCUGCUCUGCUCUUCACUUGCCUGUCCACCCUGCUUAUGCUGUGCACCAGCGACAUGUACACCCUCAUCAACUAUGUGGGCUUCAUCAACUACCUCUUCUAUGGAGUGACUGUCGCUGGGCAGAUUGUCCUUCGUAUUAAACAGCCCGACUUGCACCGACCAAUCAAGAUCAGCCUCAUCUGGCCGGUCAUUUACCUCAUUUUCUGGGCCUUCUUGCUCAUCUUCUCCCUUUACUCUGAACCUGUGGUGUGUGGCAUCGGCCUGGCCAUCAUGCUGACUGGCGUCCCAGUCUAUUUCCUGGGAGUCUACUGGGACAAUAAGCCACAGUGCUUUGACGCCUUCGUUGAUAAGAUGACGUACUUGGGCCAGAAGUUCUGCGUGGUGGUUUAUCCCGACAUGGGUAAUAGUGGUGGGAGCAAAGAGGAAGGAGAGGAAAUGAAGGAGGCCAGGUCUCCUCUGUCCAAGGCGGACGUAGACAACCACAAGUCAGCAGACUGCUAAAGAUUUUAUCUCCCACCUGCCUCAAAAUAAACAGACAUAUGCAGACGCACACAUGGGUGCGCACACACACAAACACACAUGCAAACAUACACCACAGUUUAUAGUGGAUUUACUGAUCAACACUUUGUCUUUAAUAGUUGUAUCUGGUUUUGUAUCAAUCAAUAAUUUUUGUGCCAAAUAUAACAUGAGGUAUGUAGAGUUAUAUGACGUCAAACUUUUUUGUCUGGGGUCUUUCAAAAGUGCAAUAAAGAAGGUUAGCACCUUCCAACUCCUCAAUACAUGCUUAAACAGACACAUUUACUACUCUUCAUCAUCAUCCCACUUCUCUUCCUUCACUCACUCCCUGCACACUCCUACUGUAAGAUCAUCAUUUCAUUUUUUGUAUUUUUAUCAAAAGAUUCUUACUCUACUGUGAUGGCUACGCAAACACCUUUUCUUUAUUUUGUUUUUUUGUUCUUUUUUUGACACAUUGGAAAUGUUGCUUUGUCAUCCAUUCAACAUCGCGAAGUACACUGUAGUACUGCAUUUAGGUUUUAAAGGUGACUGUGAUUCCGAAAUGAGUCUCAUUUUUUUGGAAUUGUGUUAAUUGUUUAUAUCAUUUGACUUUGUUGUUAUUUUGGUUUUAAUAUUUUAAUUUUAGUUUUGUUGAUAUUCUUUCUUUUUUUUUUUUUUUAUUCAACAUCAUAUACAUCUUGGCCUAUUUUUUUUUUACUCUUGCGUACACCUGAAAGCUGAUGUGUGAUCUGUUCUUGUUACUUGCCUUAAUUAGAAUAUAGUCUGUACUUGGGUGUCACUAUAGCUCUAUUUUGACUGAGUGGAGAGAUGGUUAAUCCUCGUACAUUGGGGUAGUUUUUAAUUUUUAUGGAAGUAAAAAAAAAAACCUACAAAAUUCUUGUAUGGACACUAUACUGAUAAUUAACCUGUUAAAACUGCAAGUUCAGCAUGGACAUAGACAACUAAAAUGAAUAGGCAAGACAUGAUAGUGUCAACCACCACAUUUGCAUUGUUAAUGUGCAAACCCCUACACCGACACGUGAAUGCCUGCGUGAAAAACAGUUUUAAAGAGGCAUUGAUUGUCUUACAUGUUUUAUGGAAGAAGUGUUUUUGUAGCUUAACAUCUAGCUGUGUUUAAUUUUUUGUUUGUUCUUUAUUUAGGGUGCAGAAAUUAGAGCUUCACAUAAAAUAUUUUUUAAUUCUCACAAUUCAAUAGAAGAGAUUUUUAGUGCAAUAUUAGUAUAGGCAUCAGUGAAAAUUGAACAUGCACUCUUGAAUAAACCCAAUCUGUCUGGUUUGGUAAUAGUUAUGUAUCUAUACUUAUGUUGUAUAAUAUAGUAACAACACUCCUGCGCACAUAAACACACAGUAUGUACUCUUGUGUCUUCAGUCUUUCUGUAAUCUAUUAGUGUCUCAGGGCAUCCUCACUGCCUUCUGCUUAAAUACACUUGCCUAAAAACUCUAGACCAUAACAACUCAACAGAUCUGAUUGCGUCUAAGAAAUCCACUCUGUUAGUACUAAAUAUCUGUACUGGUGCUUUUAGAUAUUUAUUUCCUCAGGAGUCCCUGUCUUACAAGCAAUCCCAAGACAAAAUCUUACAGAUGUACUGUAAAUCGUUCUAGCUAUUAAGAAUCAUUAAAGUUGGGCCAGUAUCGUGAAGGUUUCUUUUGUUGAACUGUAAGGGGAACAGGGGUCUUGGAUGUCUUUACAAGUACAAUGAUUGUGUUUUGUGCCUGUAUGGUUAUUGUGUAUUUACAGUAUACACACGUCAUGGAAGUCUGUAUAUUGUCUCAAAUAAAAAACACAGGUUUUUUUGGGAAAAGGUGUGAAUUUGUAAUUCAGGGCCUCAUUUAUAUAGGAAAAACUGUUCCCUGCCUUUAUCUUUAUUCCAUUGCAAUCAUUUUAAAGAGUGUGAUUAAAUUGUUAUUAGUCAAGUUUUAACAUGCAACAUAGUGAAUUUCACAUAUUUCAGCAAGACUCUUACUGUACAUAAAUGAGGCUUGAAAAUGUAUUCACCUCAAAAAUGAAAUGCUGCAACUUUGUGAUAGGGCAAUGUGAACUAUGCAGACUUAAACCUCUACCUGCUUGUUUACUGCUUAAAAUCUAAAGCAAGUUUAACAGUGCUGAUUUUGUUUUGAUUGUCUUACUUUCUUGCUGCUCAAGUUUCCCUAAUAAGCUGCAACAUCCAGUUCUUGCUGUAAUUCAGACCAAAACAGGCCUUCAAUAUGGUGGAAAUAUGAAGUUCUCUAUGUUGUAAUCUAAGCAAUUAUUUUUCUACCAACCCAUCAUCGCACUACAAUACACUGCCUAAUGAGAAUGUCAUUUCUAAAUGUACAGGUCUCUAUAACAUAAGUUGCCAUCUGCAAUGUAUCUACCAUCCUGAGAGCCAAUUUGACUGACGUGUCUCUCAAACUUAAGUCUAUUUUGUGUUAAAAAUGUAAAUGUACAUAUUGGUAGUGAGUGUGUGACAAGAAUAAAAAAAAAAAAUAUG